AUUCAAGCUACAGCCCCGACACGACAUCCCACAAUUUGCGUUAUAAAUACGCGAAACGACUCUGUUCGAUUUCUUUUAAUCUUCGUAAUUCCGAAUCAGAAGAUCAUAAAACCCUAGAAAUUCAGAAUGGCGACUGGUGGUGGGAAGGUCUCGUUCAAGGUCACUCUCACCUCCGAUCCGAAGCUUCCUUUCAAAGUGUUUAGCGUUCCCGAAGCAGCCCCAUUCACUGCAGUUCUCAAAUUCGCCGCCGAAGAGUUUAAAGUCCCUCCUCAGACCAGCGCUAUCAUCACCAACGAUGGCGUUGGAAUUAAUCCUCAGCAAAGCGCUGGCAAUGUCUUCCUCAAACAUGGUUCAGAGCUACGUCUGAUUCCUCGUGAUAGGGUUGGGGCUUCGUGAAUAAUAUCUUAGAUGUUGCAUUGCUUGCAGGAUGAAGAGACAUUUUUACUUUUGUAUUUUUAAUUUUAUCCCAUCUUUCAAGCAUUUUCCUGAUGUAUCCCUUCUCAACAAUAUGUGGGUGAAAUUAUCCUCCACAUUAUAAUACUAGGUACAUAAAACUGGAAUUAAUAAUGGUUAAUAAUAGAUGAACUAUCUUUCCCU